AUGGAAUCAAGGAAUGCAUCAUUCUUUGAACACAUAUUUCCAUAUAAAGAUAAGCAAACUACUAAACGCACUCGUGAAGAAAGAGAUGCAACUACUUCUGUAAAUGAGAUGGAAGUAGAACAAGUUAAAGAUGAACCUAGACGCAGCAAAAGAGCUCGUAAGAAAAAAUCUUAUGGUGAAGAUUUCACAAUGGUCUUUCUUGUUGAGAAUGAACCGAGAUCUUACCCAGAAGCCAUGUCUACACCAGAAGCUCCUUAUUGGAAGGAUGCAGUCAAUAGUGAGAUGAACUCUAUAAUGCAGAAUCAUACCUACGAGUUAACUGACUUACCUCAACGGUUCAAAGCACUAGGGUGUAAAUGGAUCUUCAAGACCAAGCUGAAAGCUGAUGGUUCUAUAGAUAAGUGCAAGGCACGCCUUGUGGUGCAAGGAUUCAGACAAAAAGAAGGUCUAGAUUUUUUUGACACCUAUUCUCUAGUUACGAGAAUAACUUCUAUCAGAAUAUUGAUUGGUGUAGCACCUUGCGAGGUUUGGAAAUCCAUCAAAUAG